AUCUACUCUCCGCGCUAUAGAGCGUGGGCUGAAAAUUCCUGGCAAAAAUAUACAAGCGAGUAACAUCCGCAACUACCUAGACCUACAUAGGGAUGCCCAAUAUCUUUGUAUUCUAGGCGCCGUCCACCGCCCACACCAUCGUACUGAAAUCUUGUUCUAAAUCUGGCUUUUAUUAUGUCGGGACAUGCUCCCCGCAGUUUUUUCCAAUGUUUUAUUUUCCUUGACUUGUAACGUUUACUUUCACUUGCCGCAUGCUAUUCGUUGCCGUUCACUUUCGUUCUGUUUGAAGGGCUCUAAAUUCUUUGGUCUUCAUAUCAUCCAUGGCUCAAUACACAGGCCUUGAAGCUGCUUCUUGGAAGGACUUAAUUAAAGAUUGGUGGCAGUUUGUAAGCUUUUGCAUACGUGUAAAUAUGUGCCCUACUAAUGAUAAAAUAGAUUCUUGUUGCAUUUAUCCUUGCCUCUAUUGGUCUUGGCCUGGGCUUCAUCUCUUAUAUCGCACUCCAGAGUUCACUAAAAAGGUACCAGGUAAGUGACAUAUGAAAGACUAUCUCCAUAUCUGGUCUCAGAUUCAAUGAUUUUUUAUCAUCUUUAUUUGUAGUAACAACAGGUUAUUGUAGAAUUGGAAAUCCGCGAGAAGCGCAGUCCCCGCGUCCAUCAAGAAGUAUCUUGCCAAGACUUACGGAGAACUAUCACAUCAUAAAAUUGUCGCUAUUGAGAAGAAGCCUGAAAGCUUUGGAGUAUACCUGGGGGCGUUCAAUCAUACACCAACAACUGAUGAACUGCGAUUGUUAGCACAAUGGGAUCUUCUUGUUGUCGAUGCCUUUCAAGAGAACAUAAAUCAUGUUCUUUCAUGUGGGCUGUAUCACAAGCCGUCAUUAGUUCUAGCAAGACUUGAUUUGAGCACUAUUGUCCCGCAUCAAUGCAAGGUAUCAACAGCACUCGAAGGUGCCAUUGAAUGGGUAGCUAGGCUGCUAUCUGCAUCAACAGCAUCGGGAAGUGAUUGCCAUUUUUCUGGAAUUCUGAUCAGCAACUGGGACAAUCAAUUACCAAGCCCAAUGAUUAUCGAAUUCAUUACCUUCAUUCACAAACUUGGAUUCCAAAUCUACCUUGAAACAUCUUCGCCUGGAUUCUUACGUGAUCCCAAAUUAGCAGAAUUGGGUGAAGUGGCGGGAUUAAUAAUCAGAAAUGGCACGAUAUCGUCGAACGGUGACGAACGAGAUGCAUUUCAGAUGCAAGAGAUGAGGCCAACCAUUAAAGCUUUCGUUUCUCAAGCAUGCCUUAGACCUUUCGUGGUCUGUUUGUGGGAGACUUUAGAUGACGGGGUUAAUCCCACUAAUGCAGUUGUUAGGAGAUCAUACCAGUGGUCAAAAUUCUACAGCGCCCUAUCACCAUGGAUUGGCCCAAUGGCCGAUUUGACUUUACCAGCUCAUGGCAUAAACCAGAAGGAACCGCUGGGGGCAUUUUCUUGGCUCAAAGAGCCUGGGGUGAUGAAAGCGCACAAGAGAUGGCGUCUGAACCAUACUGUAAGGAUAACACUCCAUAUACUAACUAUGGGCCAUGCACUCUACUUAUGGUUCCUAAACACCACUAUUCUGCUCGAUAAUAUCUGGUCAUCUUACUGACCUGGUUUUAGAUUGCUAGCGAAUAUGUACAGGAAAUAUCGCCCCUGGCUGGAAGUCUUCUUGGCGCCCUUUCCAUUGAGGUUGACCUCCAGCCAUCGGGUAAAUCUAUCCAGCUACCAUUUGUUGACAUAGACCUCGAAUUGCCCUCAGCUAAUUUGCAAGUACCUUCGGAAUUACCCGGAGAUUCCUCUGAGGGUGACCUUCCGGGAUUUUCAAGUAGAUCUCUCACGCCGACAGAGUCAUUUUUAUCGAUUCCCGCCCAGAACCGCAGAUUCUCCGAUGGCCCAUAUUCCUAUUUCAGCCAAAUUCCCGGAAAUCCAAUUUCAACGUCUCCUACUGGAUCUUCGAAUGACUUUCUUGGGUGCUUUCCACUUGGAGUACAUGCUUCUAGAAAGUCUUUUGAUGAAAUCCUCCAAUCACAAAAAAAACUAAAAUCUCUUGAUCUUCUCGAAUCGGUAGAAAAUACCAUGUUGAAGGACAUUGGUACAAAGUUAAACCAAUUUUGCGAUGAGCAAGACACAAUUGAGCUCUCAGCAUGGCAUGCAGCUAUACAAGAACUUGCGAACCAGCUUUGUGGUUUAGCCGAUGAUUCUGCCACCACAGACUUGAUUAGGGUGUACAAAGGGCUUGAUUCAGGAUUCCAGUUCCAAGAUGGGGCUCGAUACUGGGCGGUGUUUGCAUUUGAAGAACGUGCCAUGCUUGACAUUUUUAUGUCAAGAAAUGUUAAAGAUCUUAGUGGAACAAUCCUGCAUACAUUCUUAUCAAGUCGGGGCUGUCCCCGUCAUGAAUCAUUUGAAGCAGAAAAGGAGUUUUGGCAGUGGUCGACACGUUCAAACUCUUACCUCCCCACGCGGUUACUCGAUGACAUAAGUUCGCUUUCACCAUCAGAGCUACUCAAAUUCGUCCAGAUUUUGCAGCUAUCGUCAGUCAAAGGUCACGGAGAUUUCACCGAUUCUAUAAUAUUUGCUUGCGAGAGACAGCUAUUAGAUGCCGCAGAUUUCACUCAGUUGAAAGAUGCCUGUUCAACUGGUUAUCUAGGAAAUCAGAAGUCUCCACAAGACCUAAUAGCAUUGAGAACAAAAUGGCAUGAGGACAAUAACUCACAGCAUCCUUUCGAGGAAAAUGCACUGGACGUCUUCCACCAAAUCAACGACUCAAUUACCAUUGUACUGAAAGAAAGGAGGUUAGAUACUCUUCAAGUUGUUACGAAAACCCUGAUUAAAAUUCUCGAGGCCGAAAAGAUUGAUGCUCGUAUUGAUGUCAUUUGCCUUGCUUUAUUUUCUGCAUUUCGAAAACACGCUUUCGAGGAAGCAUAUGUUGAGGUAACAGAUAGGAACACCUUGUUCAACGAUCAGAGUGAUCAGGCGGCUGCUUUUGCGGAGCUCUUUGCAACAGGCGCUCGAUGCGAAUCUUACUUCGAUAUGACCCCAAGUUCCUUCGGUAAAUUACUAUCGGAUCGGUAUCGGACUUGCCAUCAUCAACCCGGCCGGGAGCCUCCCAUAUGGUCUGAUGCCGACCCAUCAACACCGUCAGCUUAUGCGGCAGCAAAAAUUGAUAUUGGAGAUUUCAAGAGCAAGCCCUUAUCUGGAGCAAUGAGAUUUACCUUUCUAAGCGUUUUCGCAAUACCCGCACUGUUGGACAUUCUGCUGUUGACAAGUACCGGGAAAGGCCUCUAUUUGAGUGCGAACAUGAGCGACACAGCCCAGCACUAUGCAACGAUGGCUUUGAUGAUCUCUCUUUUGAUAUCUGGCGUCUGUAGUACAUGGAUAACUUGUGGUGGUGCUUAUUAUCUGAUUUCUAUGGCCUUCUCAGCAAUGAACCUGUUCGUGGCGACGAGACUGGUUGGUGGUAUUGCCUUUUCACUCGUUGUUGGCUUGAUCGGCUUAAUCGGCAUUGGCUUCAAAGACGGCAUCGUUGCAGGAGUCGUAUUUUUCUUGUACUUGUUUGCAUUGAGCACUUACCUGUCACUGCUGGCGACUCUGGCUAACUUUUCUUAUCCUGGUACCACUUUUCAAUCUGGACGCCCAGUAAUCCUCACGAUUAUUCCUUUACUAUUCAUCUCCCCGAUCACGGCAAUCUUUGUUCCUGGUUAUGACAUAUAUAUCUACUUAUCGGUUUUGUAUGUCUUCAUUGUUUUUCUUGCUUUAGGAACUCGACAUAUCGCAUCCAAAUGGACCACGUGGCAUCAAAAUAUUGAAAAUAUUAGCGACAAGGCUUUGAAGGAAUGGUACAUCAAGACACAUAAAGGGGGUGAUGAUCAUGCAUUCGACGGGAUGACCGAUCCAGCGGCUCUAAAGAUUUCAAGGACUGCAAUGAUCGAGGAAAUAACAAAAGUACGAAGCGGCUUUCUGCACAAAUGCCAAGAUCCUACCGUCAAGUCUUUAGCGGAAAGCUACGAUGCAACAAUCUUUCUAUUGCAAUGGUAUUCGGGUUACUCAGGAACGCCACUACCAAUGCCAUAUUCAUCAACUUGGAACAUGCAAAUCAAGGUUGCGCUUGAUACUCUCAAGCAGAUGCAAACAGGCCUCAGACUACAUAAUGCUUUUAUACACUGGCGCCAGGCCGGUGAUGAGGUGAGUCAUAUUUUUGUCUGCUUUUACUCAUAAAAUUGCCUAAAAUAAGCACUAAAACUAUACAGGUUGGUUGUUCUCUUCUCUACUUCAUCGUAGCACUUCUUGAUAAAUGGAACUCUCUUCUUGCUGGUGGGCGCGUUUUAGGACUAUCGGCCCAAAACACAAGAUACCGGAUGCCCGUUGGCUUUGCUCUAGCCUAUUAUCUGAUUGGUGCAGUUCUUCUGGAUCUCAAUGCUACGAAGCUCCAUACUAUGACGGCGCAGAGUCAAAACAUGUUAAUUGGUGAUGUGUCUUCAAUCAAAGACGCGGUUGAUGCUGGUGUUAAGGCUCGAAAGCACUUAUACUGGAAGAUGUUAGCCCGAUUUUCAUUAUUUCAUGUUUGGAGUUUAGCUGUAGCUUCUAGUCUUCUUUGGGUAUUUGACAGCUCGGAGGCCUCGACGCUUCUUUUUGUUGCAUAUGUCGGGGCAUAUACAGGUGAGUAAACUACACAUUAUUUAAAGCUUCUGCUAAUAAAACUUCGAAGGUUUGCUAUUUUAUCAGGUAUGUUUGUUCUCGAGAAGAGCUAUGAUUACAAUUUACUAGUCCAUAUCAACUAAACUACUAUUAGUACACAAAGAUUUUCACGGGCCCUCGAAGUCUCAAACCCCUUUUGAUUGCUGCUUGCCUGGGCCUCCCUCUCGGACAAAUUCUCCGACACUUUCUUCCGCAAUUUGAGUAUUGCGACGUGGUAGCACUUGCAGCAGCUACUUGGACGGCAGCAUUUCUCUCUCUGUAUUACGCAGGUAUCAGGUUGAAGCCAAUUGAUACUAUGGACUCGGAAGGUCGUGUUUGGAAUAAGAUAUCACAAGACAGAUCAUUCCAUGAAUUUACAAGCCCAGGUCGAGACUUGUUACUAUCUCAGGAUGAACUUCGCAUCACUUUCGAAAACCUAAAUGCCCUUAGCGACGACGAGAAAUAUGAAGUCGAACCUAUGGCCCAUCCAGGUUUGGAGAUUAAGUCGAUCCUGCAUCAUGCUAUUGACAUAUUUGAGGAGAUCAAAGGAACCUCGGUUGAUUCAAUCCCAAAGUUCGCUCUGAGCGCAUUUCCAGAUGCGAGAAUGCUGUUGACGGAAGCCAUCACAGCGUUUGACAGUGGAAAGAUUGUGGUCGAAUGUGUCUCAAUGUCUAUGUUCUCUGAUGAAUUCAAGGACCUGAAAGCAAUCAGCUGCGACUCAAAUGAUUUGAUAAGAGUCAUUGUUGGUUGCGAAGCAAUGGAUGCAAUGGAACAGCAGUCAAGCAUCAGUAUUUUCUGUCAGACGUAAGUUCAGUUCCUGUUUUAGUUGCAACAGUUUUAGGCUUGUUUUUGCCGUCAUUCUAUAAUCCAAGGCACAAGGUCCUAACCUGGAAUAGCACCGCGGAAAUAUUGCUUCAUAUCACAGCCGAAAGCCUUCAGGGCCUUUCACACGAGGAUGCUACACUGCUAGAAUCUUUAUUAUCUUCUAUUUCACCAUCUGGUCUAUUGGAGCACACCCUUAUACCUCAGGGUCUACGGAACUUCUUGAACUUUUCAAAGCCCUCGCGAGCACACGCAGAAAACAUUGUAGCAUAUUUCGAGGAUGAGAUUCUGCGCCACACUGCAAUUGGAUGCAAUCCAAAUAUCGAUUGGGAAAGUCUACCUACGGAGAUUCGAGAACUCAUUCUCGAUAGAUGCACAGGCCAAGUUGACACAUUGACAACUGACCAGCAUAACUGGUUACGGAUGAACAAGCUUCAGGGCUUAUCUUUAAAUACAUUCAUGACUCGUCGCAAUUUCGGUGCCUUUGUUGCCAUGGAAAAGAGGAGAUACACACUAGAAUUCGCCAAAACAGCCCCAGUAGAGAGGCCUGAUAAGUACGAAAAGUCCAAUAUGAUGAGUUUAUUUGGAAAGGCUCGAACACGGAGAGGGCCGUCAAAGUUACUGAAGCGCCAGUUGAAGUCGCCGUUCAGCACAAUUUAUCAUACUAUUGGUCACUGUCUUAAGUUAUUUGCAAUAGCAUUUGUGGCGGAGCCAGAAUUACAAAGAGAGCUGGACUAUACCAUGAAGUCCACCCCGAAGUACAUACGACUGAUCGUCAUGUUCUUGGUAACAGGCAUCUGGUCGUAUGCUAAAAUUCUGCAGGACUUGUUGAUGCCAAUGUUCUUGCUUCACGGGAGAAAGAAUCUAGACAUUCUCUGGAAACAAAUACGUGGAACGACCGUAUCUUUAAAACGGCAGAAGAUAAUGAUAGAGAGCACCGGAGGAUCUUCCACCGCAUUUGUCCGAGUUCCGGAUACAGCAAGUGUUGCCGGGAGCCAUCUCACUGGCAGUGUUGGGGAGGAUACUGAUGCUGUUCAAGAAUCUUUACUAGGUUCUGGCAAUUGCGAGCUCCGCCAGUAUGGUGGCGUCCUGGAUCAAGAACCAGCUGACUUAGAUAAGCUUGAGCGCAUCAGCAUUUAUAGCAAGGAUCUUCUUCUAAUACGCAGAGAAGACUACGCCAAAGGCGUGAGGACCAAUGUUUACGAAUAUGAGUACGACUCCGAAAGUAUUCCAAGACAAAAUUUCAUGAAAAAGCGUCCUCGCUAUCCGAUUUCGCGGCGUUGUGUUGAAGGGAAGAACGAAUUUGAGCAAGUGUCUUUUAACAAUCAGGGUCUUGUCCAGCGUGGGUCUUAUAUUCUUGAUGGGAAUCUGGUGCGCUUCAAUUGCCAUUAUAGACAAAACAGCAAUUAUGAUGAUGAGUUGUUGAGAGCAGAGUUCGUUUUACCACAUAUGUUCUGCAUGGUUUCAUGGGCAGCACCUCCUGCAAAACAUCAAGACAAAUUGGACACGUGGAUACCCCAUUCGCAAGUCCUUGAGGCUACAUUUGUCAUAGGCCCCGAUGUAUAUGAGGCACAAUGGUCCUACGAUCAUAAAUACCAUCCAACCAUAUUUACGACAUUAAAUGGCGAACCUGUUGAAACACCGGCUCUAAUACAGUGGGAUCAUCUCGGAGUCCUCAAAAAGCCUACAAACUUUACAUUUCGUCACGAUGAUCACAUGAUCGGUUUCAAAUCAUUACGUUCACAUGCUGUUCCCAGAUGGCUAGGUAGGAAUACCCAUCAGAAUCCAGUCUCUACUUCGCGAGCUAGGUCGAGAUUAUGGCAAGCAUGGAAAAACAAUUCUGCUUUUGAUGGUGUUAUAAUGAGAUGGCUCGACGAGAGACUUCUUCGACAAGAACCACUGUUGCGCCCAUAUUUCCGGAGGCGUGAUCACGGCAAUCUCAAAUCGGCUGAAGAAUAUUUGCAUGAGAAUGCAGAUGCAAUUAUGGCUGUCAUAGAUCUUGAUAAAUCUAUUUCGGGAUGGGCUCCACUUGCAUUUCAAAUCGCUGACUUGUACGCAUUCGGACAAGGAGGUUCCGCCAACGCUCGCACUAGAUCCGCUCCGGAGUUUAAGAGUGACGAACUUCAUGUCCUUGCAACAGAUUCUGGAACAUGGCCAAAUGAAGGAGGUGGAGUGUCUGCAUGCCGACGAGACAUGGUGAACAAUCUCAAGGCAGCAAAGUGGUAUAUGAUUUCAGAAUCGGCGAAUGAUUUUGGAGUGCCUAAACACCAAACACAGGAGAAUGUUCAGACACUCAAAGUCAUUCCAAUCUGGGGACUUGAUUUCAUGACACCGACCCAUGGGAUUUUCAGAGAUCGGUUGGAUUCAGAAGUCAUACAUGCUGUUAGAGAUGCGACAAAGUUGGACAUCCAGAAGAAUUUUGUCCCGAUCCUCAAAGCGCUAGUAAAAGGAGCUAGGACAAGUCAGUAUUCGAAGAGUGACAUUCUACAAUCAACUCGAGCUCUUGUAAACCUGAAUGCAUAUUUCUCCCAAGGAAAACACUGGACGGGUGUUUGGAACAGUAGGAUCGUUAAAAAUGCCUGGCGAAAUCUAUGGAUCUCACAAGAUCUUGUGAGUCCUACACCCUCAGAGGGUUGGUUCCAGACUGAAAUACCCACGAUAGCGCAACUUGACGCCGCGCUUGAUCUUUGGUUUCGUUACUUAUUCAUAUUCUCCCUUCCCAUGCCUGAGAAAAUUCCAGCAAUCUUCCAAGCUUCACAUCAUUCCGUAAGUGCUUCCUAUGGGAUUGUUUGCAAAAUUACUAGGGGAAGCAUAUUACAAAUUUGGGACCACGCUAUUAGCUGGCGUGAGACGAACCUCUACCUAUCCUCAGAUCUCUGUUCUCUGCCACCAUUUGUUCGAAAUUCGUUGCUCGGACUUAUGAAGCUCACGAGUCAAUUGACACUUCACCAUGCGGAUGUUAUUCUACCUUGCGCCGACUUCUUCAACCCUGGAUGGGAAGUAGAAAUUGGAUCGCAUCAAGGCAAACUAGAAAACAGGAAUAUUUUCAAACGCAAAAUCGAUCCUGUUGUUAAUGGUAUCCCUCCUGCGGAUAUCUCGAAAUUCAGUCCAAUCAAGGAGACGACUUCGCCACUACCAACAGUCACAAUGCUUUCUCAUGUCUGGUAUGCGAAGGACAUUAAGACAGCUAUUCUAGCUGCUGAUAUCAUUGUCAAUGUGUGGGGAUUCAAAGACUAUCGCCUCGAUAUUUACGGCGCAAUCGAUAAAGCACCGCAAUACUCAACAGAUUGUUUCGAGAUAUUAGCAUCCAAGUCACUUCCUGGGUAUGUCAACUUGUGUGGAACUGCGAGUCCAACUGAGGUGCUAAAGAAGACUUGGGUCUUCCUCAAUUCCUCCAUCUCCGAAGGGCUUCCUUUGGCACUCGGAGAAGCUGCACUGACUGGCGCGCCUGUCGUUUGUACAGAUGUUGGAGCUUCCCUUCGAGUACUGACAGAUGUCGAUACUGGUGACUGUUUCAGCGCGGUGGUAGCUCCAAAUGAUGCGCAAAGUCUUGCAAGAGCACAAAUCAACAUGCUUGCGCUUCUAGAUGAAUGGGCUCCUUAUGCAAAUGACCCUCAAGGAUACAAACCUCCCUCUAUCAUCGAUAAGCCUACUCCUGAAGAGGUCGCAAUAAUCACGAAACGGAUGUAUGAAAAGAAAAGUGAACUCCGAGCCCUCGGAAUGAGAAGUCGAGAAAUCGUUCAGAAAUCAUUUGGAGGUAAUAGAUAUCUCAGAGAGCACGAGCAAAUGCUCUGGAUUGGAAAAUCUCGUUACGAUAUGAAAUUCCCAUUAAAAAACCCGAGGCCAACAUUAAGACCGGCAUUGCCAUCGCUCCCGGUGGGAAGUCAUAUGUGGGGACAAGCAUCUGUGCCCUCUGCACUACAAACCCGACCCCUACGGCCAUCCAUCUUCCGAGGAUCCAGUAUAUUGGCACGUUCCAUGCAGGCCUCGACGGUGGUACCAUCUCCCGGCGGCGAAAGACCUAUAUCUAUCAUGGGUUCCGGCAGUGGUGUCAAAGGCACCCAACACAUUAGCGAUUACUUCCCCGGCUACCGACCAGGCGAUAGCAACAUCUCCACUCCUGAUUUCCAUUUCCUCACACCUCCUGGUAUUCACUCUCCCGGGACCAAUUCUACCAGAAGCCAGUCGCCGAUGAGGAAAGGGCCAUCUGCACGUCUUACAAUGCUUUCUAGAGGCAGCACUAGCUAUGAUACUAGAUCUGAGAGCUCGUCAUUGAUGGUACCAUCUAAGCGAUUACCGGGAGAAGAUUCAUUUCUUCGUGAUCUAGACACGGCUCUUGAGCGGGUGUAGGUUUCUUUUGUCAUCAUUUACCAACCAUGCUUGGUAUCUUGCUCGCAUAACUAACAUUGCAUUUCACACGGAUUUCAAUCAAAAGCUUUUUCAUGUCAUUUAAAUUCACUAUUUACGGGGCAUUUUCUUUUUUGGGUUAUUAUGGAUAUAUUUCUUUUUUUUAUUAGGGUCUCUUACACUCUUACACUCAUUUGGUCGAGUGUGUUUAUAUACAUCUUAAUCAUGUUUAUUUAUACUGUUCCUUUAAUGUUGAUUAGCAUGCGUAAAGACUUCAUACAGGGGAAUAAAUGGAUAUUUCUGGCAUUACAUAGCAUUCUAGAGAUCUUGUUAAUAUAUAAUCAAAUAUUUUACCAUGGCAGUCUGCAAUUUUAUUCAUCAGCAUCGUUCAUCACUUUCUCCCAAUGUCCAAA